UCGUGUACCAAAGGCAAGUCAUCUCACAUCCUCACAGCUCGUCUCUUCAUCCAUUCAGUACCUUUCUCUGAUCACCAACAAGGGAGCAGAAACACAUCACACCAUGGCUGCUGCUGCUGCUAAGUUCUUGCUGCCUCUGAUGCUGGUGCUGGUGGCUGCAGGGUGUGCGGCUGAUGCCCAGGAGAGGAUAAAGAUGUGCGGGAGAGAGCUGAUACGCCUGGCCGUCUCGUCCUGUGGUAACUCUCGGCUUAGGCGGAGCAUUCUGGAUGUAGAAUCUGACCAGGAUCAAUACAGUCAUACCUGGAACCAGGAUACCACCACAGAAGAGGACCCUGAGUCAGAGACGGUCCACACCCCUCUAGAGUCUGACAAAGAGGAGAAGGCAGCCGUCUUCUUGGUUCCUAACUGGUACCCCCUGUCCUCUCGGUUCAGACGAGCUGCUGGAAAAAUAUCUGAUAUUUGCUGUGAGAAAGGAUGCAGCAUGAAAGAACUGAUCCAGUUUUGCUAGAUACAGAACAAUUUCUGUGAACAGCUUUCAGAAUGCUCAGGAUUUUUGAACGGAUGUCUACCAAGUAACCCUUGAGAAGAAUAACUUUAUAUUUCCAGCGAUGUAGCAUUCUCAUGUUAGUAAUUAUAGAUACUUGAUCAUAUUUAAUAAAUUAUUUACUACGCCAAAUGAUA